CGCCGUAGAACAGACCUAGUGCGCAGUGCGGGCUCUACCGUUUGGGACUUCGAACUCUGUGUUCCACCAUCUCUUCUACAACUGCCAAUCUUGCAACCUCCUGGGUGCUGCUAUAUCGAUAUAUUCCACCAUCAAAAGCAACACCAGACUCAAUGCGCCGGCAUCCUCCGGGUUUCGAUAUCGGCGAACUACCACGGUAAAACUCUUUCUUAUGGCUGUCGGAGUAGAAGACGGAUCGAAGAAGCAUCCCAGAGUCGAAAGUCAGAGUUUGCUCUUCUCCGACCUCAGCAUCCAAAUGUCCUACGACUCACUUGGACUGCGUUCUGGAAUCGGGAUUCCCGAGACGGAAGCCAUACCUGGAUCGGGAUUUGCAGAUCACUCAGACACUGCAACUUCUGGACCACCAAACACUGCAGCUUCCCGCUCGCACUCCAACAAGAAGAAGAGAACAUCGAAAGGCAAAAGCCUCCCCGAGAUUCGCCGCCCUUCAUCAACACCUCACAUACACAACCCCGCUCUGACGAACUCUGGGGAGCUGUCGCCGAACUCGGACAAACGUCGAAACAAGCUUGGAUAUCAUCGAACGUCUGUUGCUUGUACGCACUGCCGUCGGAGGAAAAUACGAUGUCUGCAGAACAACGACGAUCCCGGGGGGCGUUGCUCGAAUUGUAUCCGACUGAAGAAGGACUGCAACUUCUAUCCUGUUGAACAAACAAAUCCCUCGGACUCGAAACCACCAGCCCUCGCAAAAGUGGAGGGUGGCUCUACAGCACCACCAACGUCGACUCCCUCAUCUCCUCGCGCUGCUAUGACGCGAAGCGAGCAAGUUGAUGAAUAUCGUCCCUUCACUACCAUCUCGCCGAACCCAGCUAGCGCAGGCUUCAGGAUGCAACCCGAAGUCGACGUUGACUCCAAAAGUGCUUCCAAUCCCAGCGGGGUGCCUUUACGAUCACACACGUUUCCAUAUUCGCACCAGAUGGACAACCAAUGGCCUCCCCAAGGGUUCGUGCCUCCCUCAUCUGCUCCUGAUGAAACACCAUCUUCGGCCGGUUACUGGAGAGCUUCUCCAUCCACAGCCCCUUCUACUUAUGGCAGCGACUCCAAUAUGUCCGGCGGUCAAACCCCAGCUACUAUGAGCACGACAUCGAAUAUGUCUUAUGGUACGCCUCAUGAUGCCCAAGGCUGGGCUCAGCCGGUAUCGGUGCAGCCUGCAAGAUCUGUAUCUUAUGGACACAUCGAGGGAGUACCGCCGCAAUUCCACAAUCAGCAUCUUGUUUCUCAACAAGACUAUCGCGGCCGAGCAUCACCUUACAACUAUCCCCCUCAAAUAGACACCGGUGCCGGACAUGCACAUGGUGCGACUCACGCCGAUACCACCGCACCACUUUCAGCACCACUACUAGCCCACACAAGUCACAAUUACGGCUAUCCACCUCAAAAUUGGAGCCCCUACACGCUCCAUAGCUCCGGCCACGAAUAUUCACCCCAUGGACGCCCAAUGGGUGGCCCCUGGUACACGGAGCCAUCACAUCUCAGGCAUGUAGAGGAAGAGACAGGCCCACCAUUGCAGUACGCCAAUCACCCGCCAGGCUUUUAUUCAGGACCAUAACACUAAGCAUCACCCGAACUAAUAGAUGAAGCGCGUUUAUUGC